CUUCCAUUUGGAGGAUAUCCAUUGGGGGAUAUCCAUUGCGGGAUGCCCCAAAGCGGAUGCCCGUCGGGGAUGCACCGUACUUUUGAAAGUCGGUCGUAUUGACGAUUCCUUUCAAGGUGGCAUGUUUUGCGACCAAAUCGAGUCUUUUAACAUUCGUCCCCAUGCCUCAUCUUGAAUAGACGAUCGCUUCCCAAAUACACUCGUUGGCCAACUAGCAAAAGAGCGGCUUUCCAUUACCCACAUUUGAGAAAUUGCCAUAACUUGCCAUACAUUUCAAUAUGCCAUAAAAUGUGGUGAAACGGUCGCGUUUGUUUUUUAUUCCAAAUUUUUAUCUAAGUUUUGGAGGAAGACGUCAAGGCCUCAUUUCGACAUUGUGAUUUCACCUACUCCUUCUCUCCGCCCUGCCAUUUGCUCCUUACACUCUUCCUUUGUUACGUCUUGCCCACUUCAACGACCUCUUGACUACAAAAGUCGUCUAUAUAUAUAUCUCCCUCCUCUCCAAAGUCACACAUUCCACAACGGCCCUAAUGUACAGCACAUUUGGCACGGAUAACGAAGCCUCUUCCCCCCAGCAACAGGCCGCAUCAAUGUUCAACCCUAGACCCGAAGACCGUAACUCGGACGCGGACAUGGAGGAGUGGAGUGCACGAUGGCGUGUUGUCACCAGCACCAAGACAAGAAUGUGGCAAGCCAUUGGUUUGCACGCCGGUCACGUCAUUGGAGCUCUAUCACUAGCUAUUGCCAUCGGGGUUAACGGCAUGGAACAACGUAACGGAGAGAUAGUCUGUCUACUCAACAUGGACAUCUCCACCACAGGACCCAAAUCCUCCUGUGCCCUUCCCAUCACCCAAUCUGUUUUCUGUACGAUCGCGGCCAUUGUUAUCGGGGCCUACAAUGCUCGGAGCUUGAUUAUCUACCAAUCACGAAAACGUACCUACAUAAUUGCCGAAUGCGUAGCCUCCCUUGCAAUGAUGGCCUUGAUGUUCUGGGCUGCAUCGUCCGUAUCUGUCUCUCUCAAAGAAACUUGCGAGAUAUUUAGGCAGAAAGGAUGGGGAAACUGUUCAUCUAGUUUUGCGGAUAAAUACGGCAAGAGCUUGCCCGGUUUGACAUUUGGAAUUGUUGCGGGGUACUUUUCAGCAGCGCUCUGGUCAUACUCAACCUACAAAGAAUGGAACGCAUACCGAUCCAAAGAGUCGUUGUAAUCACGCUUACCCUUCAAACCACAAUCGUCACUAGAGUUUUUUCACCGCACGUUAGACAAUUGACUUUAUAUAGACCUCUUUUUUUUGCACUUUAUCAGGGUGCUUUAUCGUACAUAGUGUAGUUGCGCUCCAUUUAGGUAUUAUGGAGUAGAUAAUUGAGACAGUUGAUGCUAAUAGAUGGUAUAUAUUACGGU